AUCGAAUUUCGUAACCACUGGCGAGACGCCCGGCCAUCUUACGAAGAGUUCAUAAACAUACUCCGAUGCGCACCGAACCUGACCUCUCUCGAACUCGACUAUUCCGGACCAGAUCUUCGCCAGCAAGGAUCCGCCACACAACCGAUAUUCCUACCUAACUUGCGAUACCUUGCGCUCGGGUUUGUUGAAGAAGAAGAAGCAUGUUCGUUGUUACGUUUGUUCUACGCUCCAGCCCUAAAAAGUAUCUCCCUCGACCUCGGCGGGGACAUCUAC